GGCUUUCUCCCUGCGUCCCUCCCUAGCUGCCUCUCCCUAGGCUCCUCCCCUGGUGUCGCUGUCCCCCUCCCGGCCAGUGCGCGCUGGGAGCCCCAGGCCAGAGCAUGGAGAGGGGCGCAGGCCUGCCGCAGCACAUCAUGGCCCAGGUGCGCGUCCAAGCCCCGGGGGCCGCGGCCAGCCUGGAGGAUCCGUGCCGGGAAGGCUCGCGGAGGCAGCAGGCGGCUGCCGCUGGGGACAGGCUGGCCGGAGGGCGGCUGCUGGACAGCCGCAGCUUGGAUGGGAUCAGCCAGGCGUACGGGGCCAGCCGAGCGCAGGAAGGGCGCCGCGCCACCAUCUCCAGCGCCCUGGAGCUGGAAGGGACGGUCAGCCACGACGGGGACCUCACCCACUUCGUGGCCAACAACCUGCAGCUGAAAAUCAAGCUGAGCUCCCGGGGCAGCCUGGAGGAGCCGGAGCCCCCGGGCCAGCCCUUCCCAGGGCUGGGGCGGAGCAAAGCGGCCGACAUCCCCCCCAUUGACCCCGCGGUGCUGACGGAGCUGGAGCGCCUGACCCAAGAGGUGGCCCACAAAGUGGACCAGAUGAUGAGGAGCUUGAGCGGCAGCAUCCAGAACAUGACGGCCCUGAGCGUGGGCUACAUCCAGACCUACCGGGACGCCGUGGACAGCCUGGGCGAGUCCGUAGACAUGAGCAUCAAAGGGAUGUACACGCUGAUGGCCCGCUGCGAGGAGCUGGACCGCUCCAUGCAGCCGGUCCACGCCCUGGCCAAACAGAUCCGGGAGAUCAAAAGGACCCUGGAGAUAUUCGAGUCGCUGUGCAAGUAGCGCCGGUGGAAAACAUUUCUCAGCUGCUUUGUUAAGGGUGGUGGUGGGGGG